UCCUACUGCGCCGCUUUUUGGCUCCUUGCUGUGCCCUGCGCGGUUCUGUUUCCAACUGAGAGGCUGGCGCCGGUGGGCCCUGCCCUCGGUGGGAGGCUCUGUGGCUAAGCAAGUAUCCGGGUUUGGAAAGUCCGGACCCAGUUAGGCCCCGCUAAUGGUUGCUUCGGACACGACGAACGUGGCCGCGUCUCUGUGCCGAGUCCUGAGGUUGGAAGAGUGGAGGCGGCGGACCUGCGAGCGACUCAGGCGGCACCCUGUCGGUCCUGGUGGCCCGCAGCGAUGGCUGUCAGUUUCCGGACAGCUUCGUGCUGGAAUCAAACUCCAGACUGCACUUGUCAGGGAUUAUUGUCAUUCAAGGAUGUGUGCAUGGAGUUUUCCUGGGAAGAGUGGCAGCUGCUGGACUUAGCACAGAGGCAUCUGUACAGAGAGGUGACCCUGGAAAACUACAGCAACCUCUUAUCAGUGGGGUAUCAUGGUACUAAACCUGAUUUAAUCUUCAAGAUGGAGCAAGGAGAAGAGCCAUGGAUAAUAAAUGCCAAAAUGUCUACUCCAAGCUGUGCAGGUUGGGAAGAAUGGUACCAGAAAAAUCAAGAUGAACUUGAAAGUGUUGAGAGAAGCUAUGCAUGCAAUGUGCUCGGGAAACUUCAUCUAAGCAAAACCCAUGUUUCUUCAGGACAGAGGCUCUAUAAGUAUAAUACACAUGGGCGAAGUUUGAUGAAAAACUCAGGUUUAAGCAGAAGUUAUAUAAGAAAGAAUCCUGAUAAAUUUCGUGGUUACGAGGAAUCAUAUUUUCUUAAACAUCAAAGAGUUCAUCACAUAGAGAAAAGCUGUGUGUGUAAUGAAUGUGGGAAAGCUUUCCGUUGUAAGUCACAGCUCAUCGUCCAUCUCCGAAUCCAUACUGGGGAGAGGCCUUAUGAAUGCACUAAAUGUGAGAGAGCCUUCAGUGCCAAGUCUAACCUCAAUGCCCACCAGAGAGUUCACACAGGGGAGAAGCCCUACUCAUGCAGUGAGUGUGGGAAAGUCUUCUCUUUCAGGUCACAGCUCAUUGUCCACCAGGAAGUCCACAAUGGAGGGAAACCCUAUGGGUGCAGUGAGUGCGGCAAGGCCUACAGUUGGAAGUCUCAGCUCAUCUUACACCAGAGAAGUCACACAGGAGUGAAGCCCUAUGAAUGUGGUGAAUGUGGGAAAGCCUUUAGCUUGAAGUCCCCAUUUGUUGUACACCAGAGAACUCACACUGGAGUGAAACCACAUAAGUGCAAUGAGUGUGGGAAGUCCUUUAGAAGCAAGUCCUAUCUCCUGGUUCAUGUCCGAAUGCACACAGGAGAGAAGCCCUACCAGUGUGGGGACUGUGGGAAAGCCUUCAACAUGAAGACACAGCUUGUGGUGCAUCAGGGUGUCCACACAGGAAACAACCCUUAUCAAUGCAGUGAGUGUGGGAAAGCCUUUGGGAGGAAGGAACAGCUUACUGCUCACCUUAGAGCUCAUGCAGGAGAGAAGCCCUAUGGGUGCAGUGAGUGUGGGAAGGCCUUCAGCAGUAAGUCCUACCUCGUUAUUCACCGGAGGACGCACACUGGGGAGAGGCCCUAUGAGUGCAGCUUGUGUGAACGAGCCUUCUGUGGGAAGUCACAGCUUAUCAUCCAUCAGAGAACCCACUCAACAGAAAAGCCCUAUGAGUGCAGUGAGUGUGAAAAGGCCUAUCCAAGAAAGGCAUCCCUUCAGAUUCACCAGAAAACCCACUCAGGAGAGAAACCUUUCAAAUGCAGUGAGUGUGGAAAAGCCUUCACUCAGAAGUCCUCCCUCAGUGAACACCAGAGGGUGCACACAGGAGAGAAGCCGUGGAAGUGCUUUGAGUGCGGGAAGUCCUUCUGCUGGAACUCAGGGCUUCGCAUCCAUAGGAAAACACACAAGAGCGACAUGCAAGUGGUGAAAUCCCAUUCUGAGGUCUACUUUAUCAUCGCCAUUUUAGCAAAUAAAGAAAUAGAGGCUCUGAAGGGGUCAUUCUCAUUUGAAGAUUUGUCUGUGGACUUUACCCAGAAGGAAUGGCAGCUCCUGGAGCCACACCAGAAGAACUUAUACAGGGAUGUCAUGUUGGAGAAUUACAGCAGCCUCGUGUCACUGGGGUAUACAGUCAUGAAACCAGAUCUCAUCUUCAAGUUGGAGCAAGGAGAAGAACCAUGGGUAGGAGAUGAAGUUCAACACGCAGACUGUUCAGAGGUCUGGCAAGUAGAUGAUCACAUGACGUGGCAACAGGACAACCAAGACCAUCCUAGAAGUUUGAAAAGAUGUCAUGAGUGGGAUGUGUUUGGAAAAAAUUUUACUCUCAGUGUGGAUUUUGUUCCUUUAAGUAAAUCAAACAAUGAAGAUGAUUUAGAUGGACUGAUUUUGGAACAUAAUUUAGAUUUGCUUAUCCCAGAGGCAGACUGUGAAAGAAGUGAGUCAGAUGACUUUAAUGUAUUUGAUAAAUUAUUUCUCAGUACCAAGCCUCAGGAAGCGGAUGGUUGGUUAAAAUACUAUCAGUGUGAUAAAUGUGAUAGUAUUAACUAUAAAAAGUCUCAGAUUGUCAUUUACCACAGAACUCGUCUAGGGGAGAAACUCUAUGAAUGUAGUGAAUGUAGGAAGCGCUUCAGCAAGAAAUCAAGCCUCAUUAAACAUCAGAGCAGACACAUAAGAGAAAUAGCUUAUGGCUGUGGUAAAUGUGGGAAAACCUUUCCCCAAAAGUCACAGUUCAUCACACACCACAGAACUCAUACUGGAGAGAAACCUUAUAAUUGUGGCCAGUGUGGGAAGGCCUUCUCUCAAAAGUCACAGCUCACAUCCCAUCAGAGGACUCACACAGGAGAGAAGCCCUAUGAGUGUGGUAAGUGUGGCAAAGCCUUUUCUCGGAAGUCACAUCUCAUAUCACAUUGGAGGACACACACUGGAGAGAAGCCCUAUGGAUGUAGUGAGUGUGGGAGGGCCUUCAGUGAAAAGUCAAAUCUCAUUAAUCAUCAGAGAAUUCAUACAGGAGAGAAACCAUUUGGAUGCAGGGAAUGUGGGAGAGCCUUUAGUAGGAAGUCACAGCUUGUGACGCAUCACAGGACUCACACAGGAACAAAGCCCUAUGGAUGUAGUGAUUGCAGAAAAGCCUUCUUUGAGAAGUCAGAACUCAUUAGACAUCAGACAGUUCACACUGGAGAGAAACCUUAUGAAUGCAGGGAAUGUGGGAAAGCUUUCAGAGAGAGGUCAAGCCUCAUCAAUCAUCAGAGAACCCACACAGGAGAGAAGCCUCACGGAUGCCUGCAGUGUGGGAAGGCCUUCUCCCAGAAGUCACACCUCAUAUCCCAUCAGAUGACACAUACAGGAGAGAAGCCCUUCGUAUGCAGUAAAUGUGCAAAGGCCUUCAGUAGAAAGUCCCAGCUUGUUAGACAUCAGAGAACUCACACAGGGGAAAAGCCCUAUGAGUGCAGUGAAUGUGGGAAAGCUUUCAGUGAAAAGUUAAGUCUCACUAAUCAUCAGAGAAUUCAUACAGGAGAAAAACCCUAUGUGUGCAGUGAAUGUGGGAAAGCCUUUUGUCAAAAGUCUCAUCUCAUAUCACAUCAAAGGACACACACAGGAGAGAAACCCUAUGAAUGCACUGAAUGUGGAAAAGCCUUUGGUGAGAAGUCAAGUCUUGCAACUCAUCAGAGGACUCACACAGGAGAAAAACCCUAUGGUUGCAGGAACUGUGACAAAACCUUCUCCCAGAAGUCACAGCUAAACACUCACCAGAGAAUUCACACUGGAGAGAAGCCCUAUGAGUGCAGUCUUUGUAGGAAAGCUUUCUUUGAGAAGUCAGAGCUAAUUAGACAUCAGAGAACUCAUACAGGAGAAAAACCGUAUGAAUGCAGUGAGUGUAGAAAAGCCUUCAGAGAGAAGUCAAGUCUCAUUAACCAUCGAAGAAUACACACAGGAGAGAAACCCUUCACAUGCAGGGAGUGUGGCAAAGCCUUCUCUCGGAAGUCACACCUCAUUCCACAUCAAAGGACACACACAGGUGAGAGGCCUUAUGGCUGCAGUGAGUGUAGGAAAGCCUUCUCUCAGAAGUCACAACUUGUGAACCAUCAGAGGAUUCACACAGGAGAGAAACCUUAUCAGUGCAGUGAGUGUGGAAAAGCCUUCUCCCAGAAGUCACAGCUCAUUAACCACCAGAGAACUCACACAGGACCAAAGUCUUAGGAAUGCAUAAGUGAGCCUAACAGAGAGGCACACCUCAUUUACUUCAGAAAAUAUCGGCCUGCUAUAAGCAUGUCAAAAGAUUUUGAAACGGUUCACCAGGGCUCUGAUGAAUGGAAGUCAAAUCAAGGGAUAUCUCAUCCCUUGAAGGAAGUUCCCUCUGGGCCCUUGUGGCAGCGAUUUUACCUUGCUCAUAUACUUGUAAUUCAAAGACACCUUACCCUCAACCUGGCCCGGUGUUACUUGAUUCAGGGCGUAGAACCUUCCCGACCCCUCAGAGUCCAACGUUGGACCCUUUCCUUUCCUUCUGCCGACGCAGACUCAGCUCAUCCGGGUCAGGGGGCUGUCCUGGAUCCCUCCCUGGCUGCCAGGAAAAGAGUUCGCUGGGCUCGUCUUUACCAGCGCUUCCGCAAGAACAAGCGGAGCGUACGGCAGUCUGCUGCUGUGUUCUCUGAGAACAUCCGGAACCCCGUAGAUCGGAGAUCUACGACCCUGGAAAGACGCCUUGGCCUGGUUGUUUGCAUCUCUGUGGUUUGGGAAGGCGAAAUUACGCGACUCCCGGCGGUGUUUUCAGGGCAGAGUCGAGGGUGCAGGCGGGGACUGGGUCUCCCUUCUCCCUUCGCUAGAAACCCGCGGGUGGCCGCCUUGUGCCUCCCUGCGCCAGCCAGCCGAGCGCGGAGCGAACGCGUCGCCCAGGCCCGCGCCAGAGGCCGGACAGCGGACAGGGCCUGCCGCGCCGGGCGGGAAGUGACGGCGUACCGGCGCAGGCACCAGGCCUGCGUGCUCCACAUCCUCUUUCCUGCCAUGGCCCAGGGAUCAGUGACAUACAGAGAUGUGGCCAUAGACUUCUCCCAAGAGGAGUGGAAGUGGCUCCAGCCUGCUCAGAGAGAUUUGUAUAGAUGUGUAAUGUUGGAGAACUAUGGCCAUCUGGUUUCAUUGGCAGGUCUUUCCAUUUCUAAACCAGAUGUCGUUUCCUUAUUGGAACAAGGCAAAGAGCCCUGGCUGGGGAAAGGAGAAAAGAACAGAGAUAUCUUUUCAGUGUUAGAAUCAAAUGGUGAGAUCAAAGACCUUUCUCCAGAAAGUAUCACUUAUGAAGAUAUUUCAUCCCAGUAUUUCAUAAUGGAAAGAAUUGUAAGCCAACACCGCAUAUGUUCCAGCUUAAAAAGAAACGGGCAAUUUGAGGAUGGUAGUGAGGUACUACCAAGAAGUCAAGGUUGUAUCAGGCAAGUGGUAUCAGGCAAGUCUCAACAAGAAGCUUUAACUCAGCAUAUGAGCAUGACUGCAGUAGAGAGGCCCUAUGGAUGCCAAGAAUGUGGAAAAAUGUUCAGUCGGCGCUUUUCCCUUGUAUUACACCAGAGAACUCAUACUGGAGAGAAGCCAUAUGUAUGUAAGGAAUGCAACAAAACCUUUAGCCAGAUUUCAAACCUUGUGAAACAUCAGAUGAUACAUACUGGUAAGAAACCUCAUGAGUGUAAAGACUGUAAUAAAACAUUCAGUUACCUUUCCUUUCUUAUUGAACACCAGAGAACACACACUGGGGAAAAACCUUAUGAAUGUACAGAGUGUGGAAAGGCCUUUAGCCGUGCCUCUAACCUCACCCGACAUCAGAGAAUUCACAUAGGAAAGAAACAGUAUAUCUGUAGGAAAUGUGGGAAAGCCUUCAGCGGUGGUGCAGAACUCAUUCGCCACCAGAUUACACAUACUGGGGAGAAACCUUAUGAAUGCAUUGAGUGUGGGAAAGCAUUUCGCCGUUCUUCACACCUUACUCGACAUCAGAGCAUCCAUACAACCAAAACCCCCUAUGAAUGUCAUGAGUGUAGGAAGGCUUUCCGUUGCCACUCAUUCCUUAUUAAACAUCAGAGAAUUCAUGCUGGAGAAAAGCUCUAUGAAUGUGAUGAAUGUGGGAAAGUGUUCGCUUGGCAUGCAUCCCUUAUUCAACACAUGAAAACUCAUACUGGAGAAAAACGCUACCCAUGUGCUGAAUGUGACAAAGCCUUCAAUAGAAGCUUUUCCCUCAUUCUACAUAAGAUAACUCACACUGGAGAAAAGCCCUAUGUAUGUUCAGUGUGCAACAAAUCUUUUAGCUGGAGCUCAAAUCUUGCUAAACAUCAGAGAACACAUACCCUAGAGAACCCCUAUGAAUAUGAAAAUUCAUUUAGUUACCACUCAUUUCUUAUUGAACACCAGUGAAUCAGUCUGAAAACCAAGAGUGUUUGGAUUAGUUAAAAUAGAAAAAAAAAAAAAAAAAAAAAAA